UUGGGAGGCCAGGCGAGUGGGUGACAGGUCGCUCCUGAAUGGGAAGGUGGCUUGGCAAAUCAGGAUUGGGUUUCAAGUCAGAAGGACCAUGCUGAGAGAGAGGAGUGCAGAGUCAUGCGCGGGAGCUGCUCCCCAGGACCUGAGCUGAGUGAGACCCCAAGUUUUCAGAGCCUCCCCGUUCACUGGUGCAAAAUGGACUCUAGCCCGGCUGGGACCCCCAGUCCACUGCCGUUGAGGGCCAAUGGGAACAUCAACCUGGGGCCGUCAGCCAACCCAAAUGCCCGACCCACUGACUUCGACUUCCUCAAAGUCAUUGGCAAAGGGAACUAUGGAAAGGUCCUGUUGGCCAAGCGCAAGUCUGAUGGAACAUUCUAUGCAGUGAAGGUGCUACAAAAAAAGUUCAUCUUAAAGAAGAAAGAGCAGAGCCACAUCAUGGCAGAACGCAGCGUUCUUCUGAAGAAUGUACGACAUCCCUUCCUUGUGGGCCUGCGCUACUCCUUCCAGACGCCCGAGAAGCUCUACUUUGUGCUGGACUAUGUCAACGGGGGAGAGCUCUUCUUCCAUCUGCAACGAGAGCGCCGGUUCCUGGAGCCACGGGCCCGUUUCUACGCUGCAGAGGUGGCCAGCGCCAUCGGUCACCUGCACUCGCUCAACAUCAUUUACAGGGAUCUGAAACCUGAGAACAUUCUCUUGGACUGCCAGGGACACGUGGUACUGACGGAUUUCGGCCUCUGCAAGGAAGGUGUGGAGCCUGAGGAGACCACAUGCACGUUCUGUGGCACGCCUGAGUACUUGGCUCCUGAAAUGCUUCGGAAGGAGCCUUAUGAUCGGGCGGUGGACUGGUGGUGCUUGGGGGCAGUCCUCUAUGAGAUGCUACAUGGCCUGCCGCCUUUCUACAGCCAGGACGUGUCGCAGAUGUAUGAGAACAUUCUGCACCAGCCACUGAAGAUCCCCAUGGGCCGGACGGUGGCUGCCUGUGACCUCCUGCAAGGCCUUCUCCACAAGGACCAGAGGCAGAGACUGGGCUCCAAAGCCGACUUUCUUGAGAUAAAGAACCAUGUAUUCUUCAGUCCCAUAAACUGGGAUGACUUGUACCACAAGAGGCUGACUCCACCCUUCAACCCAAACGUGGCAGGACCUGCUGACUUGAAACACUUUGACCCAGAGUUCACCCAGGAAGCUGUGUCAAAGUCUAUUGGCUGUACUCCAGACACAAUGGCCAGCAGUUCUGGGGCCUCAAGUGCAUUCCUGGGAUUUUCCUAUGCCCCAGAGGAUGAAGACAUCUUGGCUAGCUAG